AUGUCUUCCAUUAACUUCAACCCAUUUGGUGGAAACUGGUUCCCAUUCUCAAAACCACCAAACCCUCUCCCUCUUCCUCCUCUCAACGCCCUCUUCAAUCUCUCCCAAUCUCCCUCCAAUUUCGCUUCCACAUCUCUCUCCACCACCAACACAACCACCAACACCACCGCAACCACUGCCGUCACCGAUGAAGACUAUGAACCCGGUCCAUUCACUAAAAUUGUUGAACAAUACUUCUGGGAAUGCGAGAAUCUCCCCGACCAUAGACAGGCACCAGAGGUCGAAAAAGUCAUCAACGGAAAAAAAGUAUUUAAAUCAAACCCUAACGCGACGGAACAAGAAAUGAAGGAGAAUGAAGAGUUUAUGGAAAAAUUGCGUAACAAUCCGGUUAUAAAGUUUCUGCUGAGAGCUGAGUUUAUUGCGGAUAAGCUGAAUGAGAUUGAGGUGAACAGGAAUGAGAAACCAUAUAAUAGAGAAGAUAGAGAUGUUUGGAAGAAGGUGCCGAAUGUUAUUGGGCUUGAUGGAAGGCCGAUGCCGAGGAAAUCUAUGUCAAAGGGCUUAGCGUAUGAAAAGUUUUGGGAUUUUACUAGACAGUUUUAUUUAGGGAUUUGGGGGUUUCGGCAAAGGCCUUAUCCUUCUGGGAAACCUAUUGAUGCUGCUCAAGCUAUUGGAUAUAAGGUGCUUGAGAGGCGAUACUAUGAUUUUAUCAUGAAGAGUAGUGUAUGGUUCUAUAAGGAUCGGCUAGGUCGGACACGAGGGCCAUUGGCAUUGCAUACGCUUAAAACUGCUUGGGGUGGCGGGGUUAUUGAUAAAAACACUUUCAUUUGGGGUGAGGAUAUGGAUGAAUGGGCGCCCAUCCAUAUGAUUUAUGGAAUGGAGCGUGCAAUUGCUACUUGGGAAGUUCGACUUGGAGCUUCAGCAACAGCUUUCUUUCACAAACUACAAAAAGGUAUACCACCAUGGGUUCCUCUUAAGGGAUUUGAAAAGAAGUCUUAUAAGCAGCUUCAAAAAGAGGCGAGAAAAAGCAAGAUGCGUGAUUUAGCAGUGAUGGAAGCUAAUGACGGCAUUUGGCCUGGAGUUAGAAUUCCAAGUCAUGCCAUGUUUCUUUGGGCUAGUGGCCCUGAACUCACCCCUACUAUGGAACAGGAUCACAUGCCCAACAGAUGCAUUCCCAAAGAUCUAAGGCAACAGUUGGCAAAACUGAUUCCAGGAUUGAGACCAUGGGAAGUUCUGAGCAUCGAACAAGCAAUGGAUCACAUAACAUACAAUGGUGAAUGGUACCGCGAACCACUUGGUUCGUACACCACUGGUCCGCCGUUCAUCAGACGCUGGACUAGGGACACGGCGAGGCUUGCUGAAGGGUAUAGAAAGUUCUGCAAGAUAAGCAAUGAAGUAAUGAAGGCGAUAUAUCCUGGCUUUGAGAAAAUUAGCGAAAAAAUCCUGCAGGAUUAUAAAACAAGAAUUGUGGAAAUGAAGAAGAAGAUGAAGAGAGAGCCCCCCCUUAAAAAGAAGUUGACUAAGGAGGAAUGGUCUGAAAAUUAG